AUGUCUAGGAGAUAUGAUUCAAGAACAACAAUUUUUUCACCAGAAGGUAGAUUAUAUCAAGUAGAAUAUGCACAAGAAGCCAUAUCAAUGGCAGGAACAGCAUUAGGAAUAGUUACAAAAGAAGGUAUAAUAUUAGCUUGUGAAAAAAAAAUUACUUCAAAAUUAUUAGAUAAUGAUGGAUCAAGUGAAAAAAUUUAUAUUAUAAAUGAUCAAUUAAUAUGUGCUGUAGCUGGGAUGACAUCUGAUGCUUCCAUAUUAGUAAAUAAUGCAAGAAUUCAAUCUCAAAAUUAUUUAAAAUUAUAUAAUGAAGAAAUUCCUUGUGAAAUUUUAAUUAAAAGAGUUUCAAAUAUAAAACAAGGUUAUACUCAACAUGGUGGAUUAAGACCAUUUGGUGUUAGUUUUUUAUAUGCUGGUUGGGAUAAUCAUUAUCAAUAUCAAUUAUAUACAUCAAAUCCAAGUGGAAAUUUUUCAGGUUGGAAAGCAACAUCAAUUGGAGCAAAUACUUCACAAGUUCAAACAUUAUUAAAAAAAGAUUAUAAUGAUAAUUUAACAUUGGAAGAAGGAAGUGAAUUAGCUAUAACAAUAUUAUCAAAAACAAUGGAUUUAUCAAAUUUAAAUUCUGAUAAAAUUGAAAUUGCAACAUUAUCUUUUAAUGAAAAUAAAUCAAAAUUAAUUAAAAAAAUUUGGAAAUCUAAUGAAAUUAAUGAAUUAAUUAAAAAAAGCGGUGUUUUAAAUGAUAAAAUUGACACUGAUGAUUAA